AUGCGUAUUGCUAUUGUGUCAUCCCUAGUGGCAUUUACUGCCACUGCUGCAGGUUUAUAUGUUACUUCUCCUGCUAAGGGUGAGAAGAUCAACUGGGAUCAGCCUGUCACUAUAAAAUGGAAAUAUGUUCAAACCGAUCCUGCCACAUUUUCCAUUUACCUGGUGAAUCAGAAUGUCUAUCCAAACACGGAAACCCUUGUCGCCUCCGACGUGGAUUCCUCAAAAGGCUCCUACACAAUCAAAGGCAAUGAUAAGGAUUUGAAGGGGACCGACACUGGUGGUGGCUAUCAAAUCAAUUUUAUCUCUGAUGCCGACAAUGGCAUUCUUGCUCAGUCUCAGCAGUUUAAAGUGACUGACCAAAAAGUUGCAUCUGCUUCAGACUCUAGCUCUGGUAAGGAGUCCAGCACUGCUAGUGAAUCUAUGUCUACUUCUGCUUCGACAUCCAUGCUUUCUACUUCCACUUCAGCGUCAACCACUGCCAGUACUUCUUCGACUUCUGCUUCUUCUACUCCUUCUUCGACUGCUUCUUCUACUUCUGCGACUACUACUCACACCUCCACCAGUGCGUCUUCCCAUACCACCUCUCAUUCCUCUACUUCUUCACCUACUUCAUCUUCUAUGACGGCCUCUUCUACAAGUGCGUCUACCACCCCUUCUCCCACUCCUUCAUCUUCCACUCUUAUUACCUCUUCUUCCUUGAGCUCCGUCUCGAGUAGUUUCACUUCCUUAAGCACUUCUGUUAUUAGCUCUUCCUCUACUCGUGCAACGACUCAUUCAUCUACUUCUUCAGCCCUCACGUCUACUUCUACUCCUGCUUCUGCCUCUACCUUUUCUUCUCAUACCAAGACCAAAACCAAAACUCUUUCUUCUACUUCUCGUUCCACAAGCACCAGUACUCCGGAGACUUCUUCGACUACGUCUUCUUCGACAACAAAGUCGACCGUCAGCACAACCACCACCAAGCAUACCAAGACCAUGGAAUCUACCUCCACCGCAGCAGCUUCCACCACCUCCAAUGCGGCCGGAGUGCUGAUGCCCCCCAACCAAGCCGGCAGUUUGCUUCUGGGUCUCGUUGCCCUUGCUCUUUAA